GCAUGAAGCAGGCAGAGGAUUACAUAAAAUGGGUCGAAAACUAUUGUUUCCAUUUAUUUGCUUCCAUCUGUCACGGUUUAAUGGUCUUUUAGCAGUAUCAUGAGUUGAGUCAAUCGCGUCGUUACGGAAAGAUCUCGAGCAGAUCAUCUGAGGUAUCAGGAAACUAAACCAUGCUUGCAUUAUUGGUUUGGAUCAGUCCACACCAGCUGCUUUGGUGGAUACUUCACUAAUCCAAUAAGUUUAAAAGUUUAAAAGUUCAACACAAGGAAGAUUGUAGAUGAGGGGCAGAAUAUGCACCCCUGCUCUACCGCCAUGCACCUGCUGCUGAGAUGCCUGCGGGGGUGUGGCAGGCACAGCCGCAGUCGCCUGCCCCGAAGACUGAGGCAACCUGUAAGCUACAUGAAACUCAUCCUCCAAUCGCUUUAUUUUAAUUCACUCACAAACUCUGAAGUGGUGUUUGACUGCGUUAUUGAGCCAGUGUUUUGGAUGGUGGAGGUUGUCACACGCUGGUUUGGAAUGGUCUUUGUUUUUUUAGUAGUAGCUCUGACCAGUUCUGUUGUCUUCAUUGCAUACUUCUGCCUUCUACCACUGAUCUUGCAAACAUACACUCCUGGCUGGAUAAUGUGGCACAUCUGUUAUGGAAACUGGAACCUGGUCAUGAUAGUCUUCCAUUACUACAAAGCCACAAAGACCCCUCCUGGAUAUCCUCCUAAGAUGAAAAAUGACGUCCCGUUUGUUUCUUUCUGUAAAAAAUGUGUAAUUCCUAAACCAGCCAGAAGUCAUCACUGCGGCAUCUGCAAAACCUGUAUUUUAAAAAUGGAUCAUCAUUGCCCUUGGCUCAACAAUUGUGUUGGUCAUUUCAAUCAUCGUUAUUUCUUCUCGUUUUGUCUCGUUUUGACAUUGGGCUGCAUGUAUUGCAGCAUCAGUGGCCGUAAUCUCUUCAUCGAUGCAUACAACUCCAUAGAUCAAUUUAGGCACAUGGAAGUGGAGAAACAGGGGGUCCCGGUGACGGGGAUUGGGUUGCUCAUUGGUAUUGUACCAUCAGAAUCCACUGCUGGGAAGAUGGUUUCUCAACCUCCAUAUACUUAUAAAGACAGGAUGUUUCACAAGAGUGUUAUAUACAUGUGGGUCCUCACAAGUACAGUGGCAGUGGCUCUUGGAGCUCUCACAUUAUGGCAUGCUAUACUGAUCACCCGUGGAGAGACCAGCAUUGAACGGCAUAUAAAUAACAAAGAGGCUAAGCGCUUGGCAAAACGUGGAAGGGUUUAUCGGAAUCCUUUCAAUUAUGGCAAACUAAACAACUGGAAGGUGUUUUUGGGUGUGGAGAAGAGAAGUCAUUGGCUGACACGUGUUUUCCUGCCCUCUGGACACGCCCCUUAUGGUGACGGACUGACAUGGGACAUCUACCCUCUUAAAAAGGACAUUAUUCCAGUCUGAGACAUUACAGAUCUCAUUGUCUCAGUUGGUGAUGACCAACACUGACGCGGGUGACUCUCACCCACUGUGCCAUGGCUGAAUGCAGAACCAGAGCCCUGAAAACACGGGCGACUGCAGAGCCCAGAUUUACAAAGUGAUCUCAUUGGAAGACUUCUGCUCUUUCUGGUCAAAUGAAAGGACCAUCCUUUAGGAUGGAUAUUCUUUUUUAUCUUUUCUAUUAAUAUUUUGUAAUGAAAUGAAGUUGUCUGCAUCUAUGCAAAACACUGUGCUUAAAGCAGGGGUUUCAACUGUUUGUAGCCAUGGGGGACUGUUUUGUGUGUAUAAAUAAGAGCGUCAACUCAUAACUUAUGUUACACAGUGUCAUUAUUUUAAGAUUUAUAUGCUCUAAAAUGCAAUAGAUUCUUUCCAAAGUCAUCUACUGUAUAUCGCAAUAGAUUUACUCAUAAUUUACUCGCCCUCACGUUAUUCCAAAUCUGUAAAAAAAAGUCUGCAAACAAAAGGAGAUAUUUUGAAGAAGGUUGGAGCCAACAACAUUUGGUCUCCAUUUACUUCGACUGUACGGAAACAAAACCACGAAUACAUUUCUCAAAAUAUCUUAUUUUGUAUUCCACUAAAGAAAUGGUGAAAUACAGGUUUUAUUAAAUGAUAUGAGGGUGAAUAAAUUAUGACGUUUUUUUGGUGAACGAUCCUUUUACAUGAAUAAAAAUGUUUUCCACAACGUUUUUGUUAAACGUUUACAAUUUCUUGUAAUGUUUAAACAUGUUUUACAACUUUUGUUUGUGGCCUUUCUUAACAAUGCAUGAUAUUUUGCCUGUGUGUGUUUGUGUGUAAAAGCUUUUAUUUAAAGCAACUCCCUCUGCAUUUAGAUUUUACAUUUUAUCAGUAAAUUCAUUCAUAGAAUGAAACCUGACUUUGGCACUGCUUCUACCAGCUGAACCACAUUAAUGAUAUUUUUUACCAUCUUAAUCAGCAAAUUAUUCAACAUGCAUAUUAACGUAUAUUUUGGACAUACAAAAGUGGUUAUCUUUUGUUGAAGUAGACAAUAACAGCAGACACUAAACGUCCUUGCUGUUUUAGCCCUUUAGGUGGCAGUUUCGUGUCAGUUUGAACUCUUACUGUAUUUAUUUUGUAAUUGGUCAUUCACCCAUUAGGAAAGUUAAUA